AUGGGUAAAGAAAGCGUCGUCCGCAUCGGUGUCUUCAUCCCCGGCGAAUGCCAACUGCUGGACCAAGCUUGUGUCGACAUAUUCGGCGGCAUGUCGCACGAAUACCUAUCCCUGCUGGCCGGCAUGAUGCCGCAAGCCGUCAUAGACUUAGCGCCUUCGGUCAAGAUCCAUUAUAUCGGGUCCGUCAAAGCAGGAGAGCCCAUUCCGCUCACCUCAAGCCAGCGCAUCCUCGCCACCAACCACUACAACGACCCCGAGGUCGCUCCUGGCAAGCUCGACAUUGUGAUUGUCCCCGGCCCAGACCCCACAGCGGAGUUCGAGCAGGGAUGCCUCAAGUGGCUGCGCGAGCAGGGCGAGACCCAGACCACUGACAUCUUGAGCGUCUGCACUGGCAUUAUGCUCUGUGGCGAGGCCGAACUCCUCAAUGGGAAAAUGGUCUGUGGGCCUAGGGGCAUGCAAGAUAUGAUAGUGGCCAGGUAUGGCAAGCACAUUGUGCAGAAGGGGGAGGAGCUGCGAUGGGUGCAGGACGGCAAUUUUUGGUCCAGUGGUGGCGUGACCAAUGGCAAUGAUCUUGUGUCCGCCUAUGCGCGCCAGUCCAAGUACUUCCCCAAGCCGCUGGUCGAGCUCGUCCUCGAGAUGUUCGAUGUUGAGGAUCGCCCUCAGCAGUACGGAAAAGGUCAGUCAGCGUUCCUGUUUACCACGGGAUUUAAUUUGUUUCGGGCUUGGCUGACUAUUUUGUGA